AUGAUGUUAUAUGUGACUAAUACAAGUGAUGUUGGAGUUAGACGCCCGCCGCGACGGAGAUUCAUUAGUGCUAAUAUAAAGCGGCACCAUGCUGGUAUAUCUCAGUCCUCGUGCAGCGAUGGCUCUCUCCUCAGCGUCGGUUCCUCUGAGAUGGAUGAGGACACCAGCAGCGGACAUCAACACGACACCUCCGUUAGGAGCGACCAUUCUGAUAUAUACAACACAUCGGAGCCUCCACCGGGAGUGGCGCCGUUGUCCCAUUCCGCCGCCCGACACAAGAUGGCCGUGCGCCCACGACGCACGCACCCCGCCACGCGACGGAAGAGAGCUACGCCGAUUGCCGCCUCAGCCUUGCCGAUAACUCCCGAACUGAACGAAGAAGUGAUCCGAAGCACCACUCCUGAAGUCACCAUCAAGAGCUCAGAAGUUGUUACUGAAUCAUUCUCUUCAUCGACCACCACGAAGCAUCAUCUGAUGAAAGAGCAGCAUCAACAACUGACGCGAGAACUCAACAGAGUCCUCGAAACACCGAGCGACACCAAACUCAAGUCUUCCUCUUUGCCCCCGGGUCUCGCCCUGAGCCAGGUCGUGGGACCGUCCCCGGCGAAGCUGAGCAUCGCCGAGACCCACACCCCGAGGUCCUCUAUCAAGAGAAGCAAGUCCAGCACUCAGGACCGGGAAAGUUCACCGAAAAGAGUCGAAGUCUACGAGGAGAGGACCAAAUACCGCUCCGAAAAGAAAUACGCCGAAGAAUCUUGCCUCGAAAAGAAGACGAAACCGGAAAAGAAAGACGAAGCUUCGCGCUCUUCGAAAAGGGAAGAGUCGUUCUUUAGCAGACUCCUGCUGCGCAAGAGCGGCAAGAAGAAGAAAGACCAGACGGACGGCGACAGCCCCGAGAAGAAGAAGACUCAGUACAGAACGACGGACGAGAGGAACGAGUACAAGCAGGUCGAGCGGUACAAGUCCGCCGGACAGAAAGCCUUCGCUAACCAGAUGCACAAACGCCUCGACCACAAGGGGGCCUACGUGCACGACGGGGCCUACAGGGACGUGUACAGCGCGGCCAAAGUCCCAGGACUCGAGUACAACAUCGAUCUCAAGGUUGCCGAGGAAACCGAUAAACUGCUCAACUUGGAAAUGAAGCGAUGCAGUCGACGCGACGAUGAGAAACGACGAUCCAAAGAGAUAGAAGACAGAAGGGAGUCAUUCAGUCUGCAUCACGAUAAAUCCAAAAGGCCGGCCUCGGUCCAGCGGCUGAUGGACCCAUUCUCCUCCAAAGCGUUCAUUUCCAACGAAAUUAUGUCCAGAUCUCACGAGGAGACCCUCUCGACCGCGGCAGACGACGAACCGACUCGGGGAAUGCGAAUCAGAAACGUGAAGAGCGACAACGUCUUCCACAGCGGCAGCAUGCCCAAAAACUUGCCUUACUUCAACCCCAGCAUCGCGAUUUCCAGUUCGCAAAAACCGUCACACAGCUCCGAAAACGUUAAGAUGAGGACGGAGGUCGAGUUCCGCGAAAAGGAGUUCAAGCGAGACAGCUUCCACGCGAGGAGAGCGGAGGAUUCGUACGUCGCGUCGGGGCUCAGGUCUCUCGGAGACGAGUACGUCGAGACUAGGAACAGCGUCGGAAAGUCUCACAGUUUCCGAUACGCGUCCGAGUCUCCGUCCAUCGGAUCCCAGGAGAACCAGAUGCCGAGUCUGCCGACUAUCGUGGGCUUCCCGGAACCUCUCCUCGAGAGUUGGGAAGUCAACUACAGGCGAAACGUAGAAAGACACGAUUUCUCUAAGAGAGUUUCGGCCAGAAACUUUAACGUUCAAGGGAACGGCGACCACUACGACAGCCUGCCGAGUACCGAUAGCAGCUACUUGGACAGCCUCAAACCCGACGCCGACGAGGACGGGAAACUCUUCUCCGACGGCCUUCGCCCAGCGAUGGAUGCUCACAAACGCGACAGCGACAUCUCUCAGAUAGAGGCCAAAAUCGACGACAUCAUCAGUUCGCCCAAGCCCAUCAUCGCCCCAAUGCUGAAAUCGAAUUCUUUAGAUAGCAUUAAGAGUAGCCCCGAGAAAGCGAUGGACAAACAAACCGACAAGAGGAAGACCGGCUCGGUCGAGAGCGCACUCAGCCAUAGCGGAAAGCCUUCCGGCCAGAGAGAAUCAAGACCUGACGUGGAAAACUUUAUAUCCGUCACUCAUAUCAACAAAGAACCGCCGGUCAGAGAAACUGAAUUGCCCAAAAUCGUUAAGAGCGAUGAAAAGCUUCAUAAGACGGGCGCUAAAGGUGUUCCCGAGUUUCUGCAUAUACAAUUGAACAGAGUCGACACCAAGCCGGUUCCGAAUGUAGUUCUGACGGCAAACGUCAUGCCUAAGAAGACGGAGAUCCAGACGGAUAAAGAACAAGAGAGCGAAAGUUUCUUCCCGACAGAGACGAAGAUGGUUUCUCAGAGUAAACGAGAUUCCAUCCAGAGCGUUGACAGCGCACCGAUCGUGUUCGAAGAAAAGGCCCCGAAACCAAACGCGGCGACGUCGACCACGCCGCAGACCCCGACUACCCCCAAGAUGUUCUUCAAGAGGCAAUCCGCGAGCGUCGAACACGACAGGCCCGAGAAACCUCGAGCCAACUCCGUGAGCACCGACGGGAGCUCGGAAAAAAUCGACGACAACAUAUCGAUGGAUAGAAAAUCGCACUCCAGCUUCGGAAGCAAAAGCUCCAUCCAGAGCACGGACAGCAACGAGAACAAAAUUCCCGACAGGCACGAGGAGACCGUGAUCUAUCGGAAGAAAACAGUCCUGAACAGGGACUCGCGGCACAGGAAUGACGAUGAACCCGAGCUUAUGAAAGUGUUCGCCAGGCGAUCGUUGAAGCUUAAGGAUUGCGAGGCCGACUGCAUAGCUCAGGAAAUAGCCGAAAAGAGGGACGCCAACGGCAACAAAAUAGAAGACACGACGCGAACUAAAUCUCUCAAAAACGAAUUCAACGCUUCAAUAAAAUCUAGAGACAGCGAUAAAGAGAACGAGGAAAAAGAAAGAAUCGAGAAUAAGCUCGUGGAUAUAGCGGCGAGAGUCAGCCAAUUCGGAGUCCCGCACUAUCAGAGAAGCGUCAGCAUCCACAGCGUCUCCACGAAACGGGAGACCACCCCCACGUACAGAAACGAGGUGAACAAGUACAAGAAAGAAGUCUCCGAUUCGACGCCCGAGAAGAGACUCAGGAACAGAACGUUCCCGGACCCCUCCAACGACAGAGAGGAGAUCAAAAACAUCGCCAAGAGCGAGUCGUACAAAGCGGACACGUUGAGACGGCCCUGGCAGAGGAAAGACGAGUUCAGACUCUCCGCGGAGGACACGACCGCCGUGAUAGACAAGGACGCAGACAAGGAGAAGGAAGAGAGCGGGAGGGAGAGGGAGGAGUCGGACGCCGCGCCCCAGUUCAAGGGCAUCCUGCAGAUGAGGGCCGAAUGGGAGAAACGAGCUAAACAGGGAAUGACCAAAUAA